AGAGACAGAGGAUCCAGCCCCCUGGGACAGUGGUGUGUGUUUUGGGGGGUGGACAGAGUGGCUUUGUAAGCAGAACAUCACUGGACACCGCCGGGAGAGACGCUGUCAGUUGUUCUGUGUGUGUGUCUGUAGUGAAACCGGACCUACCUCUGUGCCACCGGUGGCUCCAUGCGCCACACUCACUCCUCCAUCUGCUAGCCAGGAGUCUGCUCUGCCUUCUGCUUCCUCUGGAAUGAACCCCCCUCUGAGAGUGUGAAUGUGUGUGAGAGAGUGUGUGUGUGUGUGUGUGUGUGUGUAUGUGUUUCAGCCCUUGGAGAGCUAAUUCCCUCGGUGUCGUCGGAGGUCAGGGGCGAUAGACUGUGAUGUGGAACUUGUGGGAUUAAAAAAUCACGGAUACUUUCUGGAGACUUGGCCCGCAGCGGUAAUGGAGAGGAGCCAAGGGAAGGGAGGUUUAACUCUGUCGUGUCUGCGGACUUUGACUGAAUGACCAGAGGAUCCGUGCGCUGCAGUAACACCCGCCGUCGUCUCCUGGCUUGACUGUGUCUGCUGUGUUUUCGUGCCCAAAGCUGCUGCCCAGCCCGGCCGCUCUCGUGUAGGUACCCGGGUGUGUGAGUGCCCCAUGUGGGCGGUGAAUGAUGCGGAUCUGAGUGAACGCCGCGCCCCGAUGCCUGCUGCUAUGCUCCCGUGUUCUGCGCCAGCCGGGUCCGACUGGUGCUUCCAGAACCCGGUGGGGGUGGACUGUAGCUCUCCCGAACCCCGCUGUAUCUGGGUGGCGGUGCUCCGUGGGGCCGCGGGCCCCGAGCCAACGCCACCGACACCCCCCGCCAUGCCCGUCAGAAGCGGGCACAGCCAGCGCUCUCACCAGCUGAGGGGUAAAGGGCGGAGGGAUGGUCUCUCCUCAGCCAGCGAAAACCCCCGGCCGGCGAUGGCGGCGAGGCCGGCGAGGGAGGGGGUCGGCGUGGGCUGGCAGGGUCCCAGGACGCUGGUCCUCCACAAGAACUCCCAGGGUUUCGGCUUCACACUGCGCCACUUCAUCGUUUACCCUCCAGAGUCCGCCCUGCAUACCAACCUCAAGGAUGAGGAGAACGGGAAUGGAAAGGGGUAUCAGAGAAGUCGACUGGAGCCGAUGGACACCAUAUUUGUCAAGAAUGUGAGAGAAAGAGGUCCGGCCCACCAGGCGGGUUUGUGUACAGGGGAUCGGCUGGUGAAAGUGAAUGGAGAGAGUGUUUUAGGCAAGACAUACUCCCAGGUGAUAGCCCUCAUCCAGAACAGUGAGAGUGUGUUGGAGCUCUCGAUUAUGCCAAAAGAUGAAGAUGUGUUGCAAUUGGCGUACUCCCAGGAUGCCUACCUGAGGGGCAACGAGCCUUACUCAGGGGGAGCCCAGAACCUCCCGGUACCGCCUCCCCUCUGUUACCCACGCGCUAAGACCCAGCCCACCACUGGAGCCCCCUCGUCCGUGCCCAUGGGCCAGAACCAGCUGGAUAACUGGAGCCGCUGGCCAGGCUCCUCCAGCCCCUCUUCACCCCUGGACAACCGCUCGGCUGUGGGCAGCCCGGCCAGCUGGCAGGAGGGGCGGGCGGGCGAGCCGGGCGGCGUGGGUCACAGUAGCCCCGCCCACCGCACAGAAGAGAUCCAGUACGGUAUGACUGGCCAGCAACCUCAGGGCCAGACCAGGGGGCGCUCCUACUCGUCUUCUUCCUCUUCCGGUGGUCCCCUGUCCAGCCCGCUGCAGGUCCACUACCCCAACCACAACACUGCCAGCUCCUCCCAGGCCCAGCCGCGGAAGUCCAGCUCGGCGUGGAGCAGCCCUCCCCUGCCUCAGCUCAGCCAAAGCCGCAGUGAGCGCUGCCAGCAGGCCCUCUCCGACUGGUACCACAGCCAGCUGCCCGAGCGCUCAGGACGCAGCAUGCAGAGCCGCCACCGCAGCUACUCUCAGGACCGGCUUAGCGAGAUGAGGAGGCAGCAGCAGCGGACGGGCGGCUGGCCUCACAGCGCCUCCCAGGACACGCUGCUCCUCCUGCAACAAUCAGGUCCCGGGCCCCACGGGGACUCAUACUGGUCCUAUGGAGACUGGGAGGGGGCCCCGGGUCGAGGUCCUCCUGCCUCGAGCUACGCCCGAACGCGCUCCGAGAACCUGCUGGCCCAGUACGAUCGCUACGGCCGCUCAUUAGAGACGCUGGACCGGGCGGGCUCCGGACUGGUGUCCCCUCGCUUCGAGAGGCCCUCCUGGCUCCAGCAAGCUCCCCAGCCCCCGCCUAGAACUGAAGCGUACCAGCGGCACGGGAGCCAUUACGGUGCAGCACAGGCUGCUCCGGCGUCCCGACACGCACAGUCCCAUCCCAAACACCAUCCCCAAACGAACGCGCAGGCCCACUCCCAGCCCCAGUCCCAGCAGGCCGCUCCGCAGAGCAGGCGGCUGCCCCCGGCACAGAGCAUGGACGACCAGCCUGUGGGAUACCGUAGCUAUAGCCCCUCUUUUUACCGCAAGACGGGCCGCAUCAUGCAGCAGGCCCACUCUUUCAGGGACCCUUCGUACUCUGGCCCUCACCUCAACUGGAACCCGACCCCCAAAACCAGCCCACCAGAGGGCACCCCGGUCUCCCUCACCACCUCGGCCUCUUCCCCCAUGGCCUCCACCACACCCGAACCCCAAGACAGAGCGUACAGGCCCACGAAUCACGAGAGGGAAAACGUGCCAGCGGAGGAGCAGGUGGAAGCCGUGGCGGCCGCGCAGACGCAGGAAGUGGUGCUGAGACAGAAACCUCCCACGGGGCGGAGGAACGCCCACGGCAUGCGCCAUCCCCACUACGCCCUGCCCAUGGACGGCCUGGAGCCCACGCUGUUCUCCCCAGAACCCCAGGAAGCGGCGACGGCGCCUCGCCCCGCAGGAGACGGAGUCCCGCGCAAGCCGAACGGCAACCUCGCCCCCCUUCCCAUAGAGGAUGACUCGCUGGCCUCCAUCCCCUUCAUAGAUGAGCCGACCAGCCCCAGCGCAGAUUUGCGCGCCCGCCACGUGCCAGCGUCCUCCGUGGUGUCCAGCGGCAUGAGUUCGGCGCCCGCCGUGGUCACCAGCCCCGUCUCCCCCACCUUCACCUUCCCCCUCAAUAGGCUCUUCUCACACGACUGCAGCAGUAUUAAAUCCAGUCGCCGUUCCUCCUAUCUUCUAGCCAUCACCACGGAGCGCUCCAAGUCUUGCGAUGAAGGGCUCAACACGUUCCGGGAGGAAGGCCGCGUCUUCUCGCGGCUACCGAAGAGAGUCAAGAGUUUCUUCACAGAUGGGUCUCUUGACAACCUUGGUACGGCGGAGGACGUGCGCUCCAAACGUCACUCCACCUCGGAGCUGGGCAGCAUCACCUACAGCGACGUGCGGCGAGAAGGAUGGCUGCACUACAAACAGAUCCUCACAGAGAAGGGCAAGAAAGUGGGCAGCGGCAUGCGACCGUGGAAGCGGGUCUUUUCGGUGCUUCGCUCCCAUUCGCUGUUCCUCUACAAGGACAAGAGGGAGGCGGUCCUUCGCGGGGCCACGAUCGGAGGCGGCGCUGAGGACGAACAGCCCAUCAGCAUCCGCGGCUGCCUGGUAGACAUCGCCUACAGUGAGACCAAGCGAAAGCACGCCCUGCGACUGACCACCCAGGACUUCUGCGAGUACCUGCUGCAGGCAGAGGACCGGGAGGACAUGCUGGAGUGGAUCAAAGUCAUCAGGGAGAACAGCAAGACGGACAGCGAGGAGUUUGGCUUUUCCAGACAGGCCCUGAUCAGUAAGAAGCUGAAUGACUACAGAAAACAGAGUCCGACAGGCAGCAAGCCCGACUCCUCUCCCAGGGUGCCCCGGAUGAAGCCUCCCUUCCUGCUGGCCAAGAUGGAGAACCCUGCCGGGGCGCCGCGCUCCCCCAAACCUGACGGUAAAGAUGAGAGCAGCCCUCCAAAGUCUCCAUGGGGAAUCAACAUCAUUAAGAAGUCUAAGAAGGCCGGGCCUAAGGCUUUUGGUGUGAGGCUGGAGGAAUGUCAGCCAGGUGCUAAUAACAAGUUCAUCCCCAUGAUCGUGGAGAUCUGCUGCGGCCUGGUGGAGGAGAUGGGUCUGGAGUACACCGGCAUCUACAGGGUCCCGGGGAACAACGCCAUGGUGUCCACUCUGCAGGACCAGCUCAACAAGGGUGUCGACAUCAACCCGACAGAGGAGAAGUGGCAGGACCUCAACGUCGUCAGCAGCUUACUCAAAUCUUUCUUCCGGAAACUUCCAGAGCCGCUUUUUACUGACGACAAGUACAAUGACUUCAUAGACGCCAACCGAAUGGAAAACGCAUCAGACAGACUCAAGACCAUGAAGAAACUGAUCCGAGACCUCCCAGAUCAUUACUACCACACUCUGAAGUUCCUGAUUUGCCAUCUGAAGACUGUAGCCGACCACUCAGACAAGAAUAAGAUGGAGCCUCGUAACCUGGCGCUUGUGUUUGGGCCGACUCUGGUGCGGACAUCUGAAGACAACAUGACAGACAUGGUCACACACAUGCCUGACCGAUACAAGAUAGUGGAGACACUCAUCCAACAUUACGACUGGUUUUUCAGCGAAGAGCUAGACAAGGAUGAAAAGACGCCGGUGGACACAGAGGACGUGCAGCCCGCCCCCAACAUCGACCACCUGCUGUCCAACAUCGGAAGGACCGGCCUGCUCGGGGAGGCCUCAGACUCAACCAACAGUGACUCAGCUAAAUCAAAGGGGUCGUGGGGGUCAAAGCGAGACCUCACAGCCAAGGACUUCCUGACUCUGUCCAUCAUGUCCGCCGUUACCGGCCGCAAACGCAGGAAGCGUCACAACGCCCGCCUCGUGGGCAGCAGCACUGACGACGACUCUGAGCACGAGCCAAUCAAAGCUGGGCAUCUGGGCACAGAAGAGGGAGAGGAGCCGGAGUCGCCAGACGGAGACACCGCUCCUCGAGCGGAGGAAGAGGAAGAUGGUGAUGAAGAGGAAGAAGAGGAGGAGGAGGAAGACGAGGAAGUUGCAGAAAGAGGAGAACGAGUCAAAGAGGAGGUAGAAGAGGAGGUGGUGGCGGUUGUUCCCAGCCGGCCGUGCCGUAAAGAAGAAGAGGAGGACGAGGAAGGAGGGCAGGCAGCCGUGCUGCUCCCUGAGGAGGAGGUGCGGGUCGGGGUGAAGGGGCCGCCGUGGCGAGCGCCAGAGGAUGCACGCUCUAUCGUCUCUGGUUACUCCACCCUCUCCACGCUGGGCCGGAGCCUGGUGUCUGAGGGGAGGGGUGACGAUGCAGAUGAUGAAAACAGCGAGCUGGUGAGCGAGACAGACAAUGAGAGCGGCUUUGCGUCGCGCUCCCUCACCCAGGAGAGGCCUGAGAAACACCCGCCAGCGUCCACGAGCACACAGCCGCCCGCAGCCCCGCGCAGCUUCCUCUACACACACUACAAACCCCCUGCUCUCUCCACCACGCCCCUUCUCGCCCCGCCCACACCUCUCACACACACACCGGACCCUGGGGAGAGGAGUGAAGGAGGGGCUCGAUCCACCACGCCAUCGUCCUCCUCCUUCUCCUCCUCCUCCACCACUCACAGACUGCACUCGCGGCCCUCCUUCAACUCCCACAAGCUAAUCCAGUGCGACACCCUGGCCAGGAAGAAGCUGAAGGGCGAGAAGGCCAAGGCUCGCUCCCUAGACCUGCUCGAACUGUCCGGAGCUUCGGCUCAGGGCAACGGGGCCGGGAUGGGGGCAGAAGGUGCGCCCAGGGUGAGGAGGGACACUUCGAGAACCAACCCCUCCUCCGGCAGCAGCCAGGAGAGCCUGCACCCGGCCCGGCCCCGGCCGGCCCUGCCGCCCAGCGAGGCCGCCUCCUUCACCCCGGCCGGACAGGGGCAGGGACACGGAGCGGGACGCGGGUCUCUGGUGGAGCAGGUUCGAGCCCGUCUGCUGGGCUCGGCUGACGACCUGCGCAGCGUGGGGCUGCGGAAACCCCUGUCGCCCGAGACACGGAGGAAGAGACGGGCGUGGCGCAGACACACGGUGGUGGUCUCCCCUACAGAGGCGUCCGAGAAGAGACCCCCGCUAGCUGUUAAUGAAUUCCCCUUGUCACCCGUCACCCCCAACCAGACCAAAUCACCAGGGCUGCCUCAUGACUCCCAGGGAGUCGACCCAGGACCGGCUGCACGUCGCGUGCCUGCCUCUAGAUUCCACCAGUACCUGUGAUCCUGGAUGGCGAAUCCCCACUCCCUCCUGACCUCCUGCGCCGAGGACCUGAAGGCUGAAGCUGCUGAUUGAGACGGGGGUCCAGGCACGUAAUGGUACCAGAUCAAAUGAGAAGUCUUGAGAGCAGUCCCCCCCCCCCCAGCAACCCCUCCUUUUCUUUUUGAUAAGCUCCAUUUGCAUGGCAUGGGGCAUUCCAGUGUUGCCAAAGCUUAUUUUCCCCCCAUUGUGUGUGCUUUUAGAGCGAUAAUACAGAAAUGGGCCAGAGACACAGACAGACCUCAUCACAGUCAAUGUUACAGCCAAGAAUUUUCAAUUUCAGUAAUAGCCCGACACCCCCGAUCCCUCCUGUCGUCUCUUCCUGCCUGUCUGGCUGACAGAGGAAAUGAAUCAAGGGGUUUGUGUCUCCUUAAGUGACCAGAGAAGGAUGCCGAGCAAAACACAGCCUUUUCACUGGUUUCUUCUUAGAGAAUGGUGCUUCUGAGCAGUGUGGAUUUUACAGUGUCUCCAAAUCUGUUGUGGUGAGCCAAAACAGGGGGAAGCAGACCACGCUCACCAUCACACCCCCCUUCACCCACACACACACACACACACACACACACACACACACACACUGAUGCACACUGCUUGCAAAAGUUAAUUGGCCAGGUUGGAGCCAUUUCAAGAGGGGGUCCCAGCUUUCAGGCCAGAGCUGAUUUUGCAUAUCAGUCUUCCUAAUCUGUUUCUCCUCAGACCACAGACACUGUAAUAUGGUCAGCUCCUCUCAAAACAGUAGAUGGAAUACAAACACACACACACACACACACACACACACAAAAUGCAGUUGACUGUCUGUACUUGUUAAUAAUGUUUAUCAGUGCGUUUGUGUGUUUGCGCAGCGAUGUUCGUGAUAAUUUCUGAGUGUGCAGGUGUUUGUCUUUAACUAUUUUGUAACAUUUGUACAAAGCCUUGUUAAGUUAACCUUGUAAAUAUAAAUAUUAUGUUAUCAUAUUUGUUUUUACUUUUUUUCCAGUUCUUUUUUUAUGGUUUACAAAAAGUGCGUACAAAGUGCACAGUCAUUUCUUUCAAGAUGUUACUUGAAAUGUUUCCCUUAAUAUAUUCUUUUUUUUUGUUUUAUAUUUCAAUAUAUAUAUUAUAUAUAUUUUGUAUGAAAAUAAUGAGUACUUUUGUUGUGAUUUCACCUCUCGGGUGUACCUGUUCAAAGCAGACAAGAUAAAAGCGAAACA